GUCAGGUACAUGGUAAGAAUGGACGAGCGGGGCGACGCCGAGGGCAACUACACCCUUAUCGGGCGGCAGGAGCACCACUCCAUGGUUGGGGAGUUCGGUCUGUACCCCGUCGGGGGCUUCCGCUACACCGAGGACGACUACCAGCGUCUCCCGGAGGUUCACCUGACCAGCAGGAUCCCUUGGAAGACUGGGGCGCCGCCCAUAGACGAGCCUCCCUGUGGCUACCGCAGGCAGAAAUGCCAGUCUCAGACUGGAGAGAUCAUCGCUGGGGUGACAGGCGGUGUUGUGCUUCUGCUCCUUGUCGUCUCUCUCAUCGCCUACAGGAACUGGCGUUACGAGCAGGAGCUGGACAGUCUGCUGUGGAAGAUUGACUACAAAGACAUUAAAAUCAACGAAUGGACGCCCAACAACAUCCCGGCACCCAACAAAUUGUCCAGGGGCCUGUACUCGACGGUCAGGACGAGUCAGCUGUCCCUGAGCAGCAACCCUGACCUGGACGUCCGCUUCGCCAGCGCGUACACGCAGCUGGGGACCUACAGAGGCAGGGUGGUGGCCGUCAAGCAGGUGUCCAGCAAGGCCGUCGACAUCACUCGCAGAAUCAAGAAAGAACUCAAAACGAUACGAGACCUCCGUCACGAUAACCUGCUGGGCUUCGUCGGCGCCUGCGUCGACCCUCCCAAUGUCUGCAUCGUCACCGAGUACUGCUCUAGGGGCUCCCUGAAGGACAUCUUGGAAAAUGAGGACGUCAAAUUGGACAAGAUGUUCAUCGCAUCUUUGAUAGGUGACAUUGUUCACGGAAUGGUGUACCUUCACGACUCGGCUGUCAAGUCCCACGGUAAUCUCAAGUCUUCGAACUGCCUUGUUGACUCGCGUUGGGUCGUUAAGAUCACCGACUUUGGCCUUCACGAGCUAAAGUCUGGCACGGAAAACACUAACCUAUCCGAUGCUGGAGAAACCCAUAGAAAGUGUACUGAGCUGCUGUACAGGGCGCCGGAGCUCCUGCGGGACUCCUCAGCCCCUCCGGCAGGCACGCAGAAGGGCGACGUCUACUCCUUCGCCAUCGUUCUCUAUGAGGUUCACGGGCGACAGGGACCGUGGGGCGAGACAGAACAGAGUCCGGUAGCCAUUAUACACAAGGUAAUGGCUGGACCUCAGCCAGGAUCUGCUCCCUACAG